ACUGGACGACUGGCGCUGUUGCAUAUUAAUCUCCGCGAGGUGCUCUUGGAUGACGAUGUGAAGUUGGAGGAGAUUGCGGAAAAGUUGGCUGGCUACUCCGGCGCUGAUAUCACUAAUGUUUGUCGAGACGCCUCGAUGAUGUCGAUGCGACGAGCAAUUGAAGGCCUAUCGGUGGAGGAGAUAAAGGGUCUGCGAACUGCCGAUCUCAAUCUACCGACGAGGAUGCGCGAUUUCGAGGAGGCCAUUUCCCGUGUCUCCAAGUCUGUCUCUGCGGCCGACGUUGGAAAGUAUGAGAAGUGGAUGCAAGAGUUCGGCGCCACCUAG